CGAGUUGAUUCAGGGUAAGAAUUGCCUUGACUGCAGACGCAUUGCUCCCAUUGUCCAAGAUUUAAUGAGAAGUUUACCUCACAACCCGUGUCUUCCAUUAUCACCAUCCAGCAUCAGUAUACCCCCGCCCAACCACCUCCAGGACACCAAAAUCAUCGUCUAUCUGCUUCCGACAAGCACUUACGCCCGUCAACACAACAACCUCACGCCCAGCAUCACACCACCGCCCACCCAGCCUCAACCGCCAACCAAACCCCAUCCACAGCCCAGCAUGUCUAACCCCGCCCCCACCACAGUCCCCAUCCCCAUCGACAUCACCAUCGUCGAAGACGCCGUCACAAAGCCAGCAUGUCUCAUCAAAAUGACCUGGAACUGGAACACCAUAGACUCCUGCUUUCUCUCAGAGACGUAGCAAGUCAGAAGCGACGGCCACAUGGCAGCAGCCUGCAUCGCCGUCCUCCUCCUCGCCCUUAUGCUAGAAGGUCUCCGGCGCCUGACUCGGGAAUACGACCGCCACCUCCUCCGUCAUCACGCCCACAAAUGCCCCCAUCACCAACAUCACGGCCAUCCCGGUGAGAUAAUCUUGAUAGAUACGGAACCUGUCCCUCCGCAUCCUGUAGGAAGGAGGAUGACACCCUCGUCGUCUCUGAGGCCUCUGACGGCGGAGCAGUCGAGGGUGGCAAGUGCGGUUAAUCUGAAUGCGGCACAUGGGGAGGGGAUAGGACAAGUGGACGGGCAGUGUGCGAGCAGGCCGCGGCGGCAGAAGGAGGAGAGUCAUCAUACUGGGGGUGAACACGAGAGAAAGGAAGGGUGCGAGUGUUAUAGGCCGGGGUUUUGUGAGCAGUUUUUGAGGGCGAUGUUGCAUUUGGUUAAUUUUGUGGUGGCUUAUUUGUUGAUGCUGAUGGGGAUGUACUAUAAUGGGUUUGUGCUGUUCUCGAUUUUCUUUGGGGUGUUUUUGGGGUAUUUGUUGUUUCACUGGACGAGGGUGGGGAAACAUGACAGUAAACGGUGUGGCGAGUUGGAGGAUGUGACUGUUUGUUGUGGGUGAUGGCGAGGUCGAGGUAGGAAAAGACUGUCGAGUGUUGGGCAUGGGCGAUUCUCUCCUAGGUAAUUGGUAAUACGCUGUAGAGCAGGGUUUGAGGGAGCAGGAGUUAAUGAAUAUCCGUUGGGAUAGC